AUGGGUUCUCUACCUGUGCCCGCAUUCCCAGGCGCGGCGGCCAAACAAUGCCUAGAGAGCAGCCGCAUUGACGAGAGAGCCCUUACGACGCUGUUCAAGUCGCAACAGAGCCACCUCAACUUCUUCUUCAACCACAUCGACCACUCCCAAACCCUAGCCUUCACGCGCGCCCUCCUCGACGCCUCCGGCACCGUCUUCUUCACCGGCGUCGGCAAGUCCGGCUUCGUCGCGCACAAGAUCUCGCAGACGCUCGUCUCACUCGGAAUCCGCUCCGCCUUCUUGUCCCCGGUCGACGCGCUCCACGGCGACAUCGGGAUCCUCACCGAACGCGACGUGCUCGUCCUCCUCAGCAAGUCCGGCGCCACCGACGAGCUCCUCCGCCUGGUGCCUUGCGCGAGGGCGAAGGGCGCCCUCCUCAUCGCGCUCACCUCCGUCGAAGGCAACGCGCUCGCCGCGAUGUGCGACAUGGCCGUGCAUUUGCCCCUCCAGAGAGAGCUCUGUCCCUUCAAUCUCGCGCCGGUCACAUCCACCGCCAUUCAGAUGGUUUUCGGCGACACCGUUGCCAUCGCGCUAAUGGAGGCGAGGAAUCUCACCAAGGAGGAGUACGCCGCGAACCAUCCCGCCGGCAAGAUUGGGAAGAGUCUCAUCUUCAAGGUGAAGGAUGUGAUGAGGAAACAGGACGAGCUUCCAAUUUGUAGAGAAUCGGAUUUGAUUAUGGAUCAGCUUGUGGAGCUCACGAGUAAAGGAUGCGGAUGCCUCCUUGUUAUCGAUGACGAUUACCGUCUGAUCGGAACGUUCACCGACGGUGAUCUCCGUCGCACUCUCCGAGCGAGUGGAGAAGCCAUUUUCAAUCUCACUGUGGGGAAAAUGUGCAACAGGAAUCCAAGAAUUAUUGGUCCGGAAGCUAUGGCAGUGGAGGCGAUGAAGAAAAUGGAGGCACCUCCAUCGCCUGUUCAGUUUUUGCCCGUGAUAAACGAUGAGAAUAUUUUGAUUGGGAUUGUGACCUUGCAUGGAUUGGUUUCAGCUGGCUUAAACAAUUUUUUGGCCCUUCCUCUGCUGCGGAAGGACUUGGAUUAUUUUCGGUAUGUAACACCUGCCGACAUUGCGGGGGCUGAAAAUGAUGGGUUUGACUUUCUCUUUUUCAACCUGUUGAGUGUUAAAGGGGUAGUAAAUUUGACGAUGGAAGCAGAUUAUGGAAAUGAUUGCACCAAAUUUGAGGAGAGAGAAAAUCUUUCAGUUCCCCCCGGUUUUGUAUCCCUCACAUCUUUCAUUUUGAGAAGGAAUGAAAAUGUUAAGGAAAAUAAUAAAUCUACCACCUUUACAAGUACUUCUGAACAAGAGCCAAUCUGCUUGAAGACUAAAGUUGAGACGAAUGAUGUUACUGCAUAUAGUCAGGGUCUUAUGCAUCGGCCGUGGAUAAACAUGGACCAUAGCAAUUACCACAAACCUGAGGAAUCUCACAUAAAGCAUUUUCCUAUGGUUAAGUUGGAAAUCUUGCAUAUUUUUGAAACUCCAUUUAAAUGCUGGUCGUCCAAAAGGGACCAUACGGGGAUGUCCAAACUGCAGUAA